AUAUUCAGUUGCUUAACAAAUUGAAAAAAUGAAACAUCUACAGAAUAUACGAAAUUUGUUCAUCAUUGCUAUAAUUGCUUUCUUCUCUCUGGUGGAAAGUGCACCAGAAUGGGCCACAACCGAGGAUGGUACAAAAUAUUUAAUCGAAAAUAAAUAUGAGUACUCCUGGCUGGAGGCUUUACAUGAAUGUGCAAAAAGAAAUUUAUCUCUGGCAAAAAUUGAUACUGCCAAUAAAAAUUAUUAUUUAGUGAAAUUAUUAAAAAAUCGUUUUGGUACUGGACUUGAUCUAUGGAUUGGUGCUACCGCCUCAACGGCUGAACAAGCAAAGCGUAAAUUUGUCUGGAUUUCGAAUGGUGAAACAUUUAAUUUUGCCAACUGGGAAGAAGGAGAACCCAACAAUUUAGGUGGUAAUCAACCCUGUGUUCAUACAUGGUCAAAAACAAAUAAUUUCACCUGGGCCGAUGGUCAAGAACAUCUGAAAUAUGGCUAUAUAUGUGAAGAAACUUACAUUUCUCAGUGCCGCCAGGAAAUGGAAAAGAAACGUCAUACGAUUAAUGAAGUCGCAGAACAAUUGUUAUUGUAUUUUAAAGAAAAACAAAAACAUAUAGAACAGAUAAACCAGGCCCAAGAGAUACUAAUCAAACAGAUAAAUAUUGAACUAGAGGAAAAGUUAGAACAGGCUAAAAAAUUAAUUGAUAGUAUUUUAAAUGUAAAUUAAAUAUGUUUAGGUCCAUUUAAACUGGUAGAUAUUUAGAAGGUUUCUAAAAUUUUUCUAUGAAAACUAUCAAAUAAUGAAAACAGACAUUUAGAAAAUGUCUGUAAUUGUUAAUUAAAAUAAAAUAUAUAAAUAAUUGUGUAUAAAAAAUCUGUACUC